UGACAGCACUCAGCGAGCACCACCAUGGCUGGUUACAAUCGGCGUGCCAGAGGGCGCAGGAGCAGGAGCCGCAGCCGGAGGCGCCUGCGGAGGACACGGCGCACUGGCCACAGCCGCUCUCGCCGCCGCCGCACGCGGUCGAGGGGACGACGGGCAUCACAUGGCGCCCCAGUCAUCAAGCGCCGGCCCCUCGUGAGACGCAGACGUCUCGAAGAAGAGGAGCCGGACAAUGAGCUGGAUGACCUGGGAGUGUUCGAUGAGCCGAUAGAUGACGUUGAGUUUUAGAGCCAGAGCCCUUGUAAAGACCAGCCACCACACAGGCCUGGCUGCAACAAUAAAGCCUAGCAAGCUCGCAUGA